AUGUAUAAAACUAUUGCUCUAUUAGUUGUUAUAAUUGCCUCUUUGGCAUUAGCAUAUUCUGCACCACUUGAAGGAGAAUGGAUUUACAAUAUUGGUAGUACUCCAUCAUGUAAUACUAUUACAUUUAAUAUUACAUCAAAUGGUGAUGGUACAUUUGCAGGUUCAUAUACCUAUGCUGGAAAGUUGGUACAAGUCAUGAGAAGUGUUAAUCCAAGUUCUUCCUAUUCCAACGUAACAUUUGCUGGUCAAUGGGCAAGCUAUCCAGCAGGUUCCCCAAUUUGGGCCAACUUUAAUGCCACCAUGAACAACGAUGUAUCAUUUACCAUGAAGAUCAAUGCUACCACUUACACUUUACCAAAGCAAAGUUUUGCUGUUCUUAAUCGUCCUGCUUGUCAAUUACAAGAUUAUUAA